GGCGCUCGCGAAAAAAAAGGAAAAUGAUUCGUCAUUACCCGCCUGGGCAAAACAGAUAUAAUCGCGCGGCAACGCGAUAACGCACAUCGUAGAUUGGCACGAGAUGGGAAAGCGAGUUGUGAUAUUCGGAGCAACGGGGAACACGGGUCUCUGCUCCUUGAGAGCUGCUGUGGAAAAUGGUCUGGAUGUAAGAGCUUACGUGAGAGAUAAGGCCAAAAUUCCUGAUGAUAUUAAAAAUAAAGUUGAAUCAGUCGUUGGAGAUGUUAUCAAUGCAAAACAGGUUGCAGAUGCAGUAGCUGAUAGAGAUGCUGUCGUGGUAGCACUUGGAACUAGAAAUGACUUGAACCCAACUACGGUGCUAUCUCAAGGUUUGAAAAAUAUAAUAGACGCCAUGAAAGCACAUAAUGUUGAGCGGAUCUCUGUAUGUCUAUCUGCGUUUUUAUUCUACAAACCUGAAGCAGUGCCUGCUAUAUUCAAGGACUUGAAUGCAGAUCAUCAGCGCAUGUUUGAUAUGAUCAAAAUGAGUGGCUUAAAGUGGGUAGCAAUAUUGCCUCCACACAUUGCAGACACACCAAAGUCCAAGUACACUAUUACGUUCGAUUCUUCACCUGGACGGGCAAUCUCCAAACACGAUUUGGGAGCGUUCCUUGUCGAAUGUCUCGAUAAUCCCGAUUAUUACCAAAAAGUUUGCGGCAUUGCGACCACAUCAUGAGGAGGAAUAUGUAGGGAUAUGUAAAUAAGAUGCGUGCAUUUUUUUCUAAUGAAAAAAUAGAUAUGUAUAUUUAUGUAAAUUGUUAUCACGUUCAAUAAGAUUAACAUUUAUGUAAUUGAUUCGAAUUGUACGAGCUAGAUGGAAAAUGAGUAUAUUAAGCGCAUUAGGUUUUGUUGCUGGAAGACAACAAACAGAUAAAGAAUAUUUCAGAUAAACAGAUAAAGAAAUAAAUAAAUAUAGUUUGACGAGAAAAAUUGUACUAACAAGC